GUGGUUAGUAAUUCCACGUGUAGAAGUGGGGACGUCAUCGCUACUCGCGGCCUGCCAGUGUAAGUAGACCGACUUGCAGCAGCAAUAACAACAACGACGACGACAACGACGACGACGGCAACAGCAAGCCGACAGCGCUGCUCCUCCACGACCUCUUCAUACCACAUCCAUCUCCGCCUCUCUCCGUCUCGUCUCGCCCGCGGAACAUCAGAUCCCUCCUCCGACAUCACUGCCUUGCCUGGACAACUGGAGCGCAGGACGAGAUAGCGCAGGACAGCAUAGCACGGCACAGGUCAGCACCUGAUGGCGGCGCGACAGAGUGCGAUGAGGCCCGGCGGUGGCGGUGCGCGCUUUGCACAGUUUAAGCUGGUGCUCUUGGGGGAGUCGGCUGUGGGCAAGAGUUCGCUCGUGCUGCGAUUCGUCAAGGAUCAAUUUGACGACUACCGGGAAUCGACCAUCGGCGCCGCCUUCCUCACGCAAACAAUUGCACUCGACGAGCAGACUACAGUCAAGUUUGAGAUUUGGGACACAGCGGGACAGGAGCGGUACAAGUCGUUGGCGCCCAUGUACUACCGCAACGCCAACUGCGCUGUAGUAGUAUACGACAUCACACAGGCAGCAUCACUGGACAAGGCCAAGGCGUGGGUCAAGGAGCUACAACGACAAGCAAACGAGAACAUCAUCAUCGCGCUCGCAGGCAACAAGGCAGAUCUGGUUGCCGAGCAGCCUGAUAAACGUGCAGUCUCAACCGCAGACGCGGAAGCAUAUGCCAAGGAAGCCAACCUUUUGUUCUUCGAGACGAGUGCAAAGACGGCAGAGAACGUCAAGGAGCUAUUUACUGCCAUUGCCAAGAAACUGCCUAUAGAGCAGGCCACUCAACGUGGCAUGAGGGGUGCUGCUGGAAGACCGGGCGGUGUGGACCUUGGAUCAAGGCAGGACCCGGGAGCAUCUGCUGGAGGCGCAGGGGCGUGCAACUGCUAGAACGUUGGAGUUAUAAGUUCCGUUGGAAUGCAGCGAUAUGGGAGUACUGAGCAUCGUUAUCAUUGGGGUCGUAAGUGUGCACAGACUCGUGUUUUCACGUGCUGGAGACUGAGUGCUUGAAUGAGGCGUUUCGGGUGUUUCACUACCUACAGCGUAUAGCGAGAGUAAAUGACAGCGCAGUGAGCUCUCACUUGCUCUUUCUCUG